GUAACACCCCAUUCAAGGCCCAACAGUCUCCGGUCGUCCACAGGCCACAGCUCGAAGCGAGCGGCCGGCCGCCGGCAGCCAAGUCGCCCUCCGCCGCCGCUCAUCCGAGUCGUAUCUGCCUCGACGAGCGCAUCCCGCACCACACCCCGCCCGCGACCUCGUCACAUCCAAUCACAGAGGAGCACGCGCCCCUCCACCCCCGCGUUGUGCGCAAACAUUUCGACGCAGAUCCCCCAAAUUCGCCGCGUCCGGCCGGCGACAUCCAUGGACGGCCGCCGCGAGGCUGAGCGGGAGACCAACCGGUGUCCGACAGGUCCGCGGGAAGCAAACCGGUGUCCGGCAGGUCCGCGGGCGGCGCGGGAGAGGGACGACGGCUCCUCCUCCUCCGCUGCCAUCCUCCUCUUCGCGCUCAUCGGCGCCACCGCCACCACUGCCGCCGUUGGGCAACUGCGCCGGACGGUGAGCUGGUUCUACACUCAGCUUAGCAGGUCAGAACCAUACGUAUACUGGGAAGACAUACCUCGUGGAACGAACCGGUGUGGUGAUGCCUGGCGGUAUUACCGGAGGACGCGGGAGACGGGCGAGGAUCAGAGGGAGAGAGUGGAACGCAUCAGGCGCAUGCAAGAUAUGUUCAAGAACGAGAGAGGUAAAUGUCGGGAUUAUCGAACUCGGGAUGGUCAUAAUCCAAGCUAUAAUCAGCGCAGCCAAAGAGAUGACUGGUAUGGGGACACGGGAACAUUUUAUAACCAUCAAAGAACAAAUUUCGGAUCAAGGCCCAGGGAAGCUAUGAGUUACAGUAUGUCACAUCACUAUGCUGUCUUGGGCCUAAGCAGGUCAACAUCAGAGCCAUUUUCAGAUGCUGAGAUUAAGAACGCCUUUAGGAGAAAAGCAAUGGAGUACCAUCCAGACCAGAACCAAAACAACAAAGAGGUUGCUGAGGCCAAAUUCAAAGAGGUGAUGGAUUCUUAUGAAGCAAUAAAAUUAGAAAGGCAAAAUGGAAGUUGCUGAGCACACCCAUGAUGCCGGACUGUUGUGUAUAUUGGCUUUUGACACAAGAUAAAAUAUAUUCAUUUUUUUGCGCCUUCUCAAUUUAGUAUGUAGCAAACAUGCCAUUUGCUAUGGCUUCUGAUCAUCUAGCUGGGCAGCUGGUUAUAGUUCAAAACAAGCUUAUGGAGGCCAUGUUGUCGUCAUUGAUAAACAAAAUGUUGUAGAGAAAUUUUCGCUCUCACUGGCAAAGGAAAAAUGAGUCUGUUUACUGGCUUCUUUGCUAUUUGAUUUGUCAGUUCUUCAAUGAGGAAGUUUACACAGCCUGCAUAGGUCAUCUUUUCUAUGUUUGUAAUAAUACAAUGUGAGCGAACAUGCUAGUGAUACGAUCACUAUUGA